AUGACUGUGAAACGGAAAACUAACAAGAAAGAGAUCGACGAAGAAAUUGAUAGGGAAAAUUGGUUUAUUACAUCCAAGAAACAGAAAACCCUUGAUGUUUUCGGUAGAGGAUUCAGAGAUUUUAGCUUUCAAUUGAAUGUCAAAGAAAGCAAAUUGCCAAAUUUCCUGCCCCCAGUUCAAGAUUACCCUUUUUCAGCAGAGAGUAAAGACCGUAUACCAAGUCCAACACCCCAUCUUUUUACUGAGUACUCAUUUAAAUUGAGGAAGAUCAAUGUAUGCUGCUCGGCAUGCAAGAAAAUCUCCAGUAAUCUUAACGAAAAUUCGUUAUGUCCCCUCUGCAAAACAAAAUAUGAUACACCACAAAUCAGUAAUUCGUUAUCUCUGCCGCAAGAGAAUAUAGCUGUAAUUUGCAAUGGAAUGGAAGGGAUUUAUUUCCCUGGACUUCAUAUGGUUCAGUGUAAGUGUGGUUCAUGCAGUUCUAAGAAGCAGAAAGUUGGUGAAUGGGAAAGACAUGCUGGUUCCAGAGCCAAAAAAUGGAAGGCCAGUAUUAAGGUAAAAAUAUCUAUGCAACCACUUGGUGAAUGGGUUGACAAUCAUAAUACUCAUGGUUUUAAUCCUUUGAAAUUGGAUAAGCAGCAACUGAUUUCACUCUUGCAAGAAAAGUACAAACCUGUUAACGCAAAGUGGACUUCGGAGCGUUGUGCUAUUUGUAGAUGGAUUGAAGAUUGGGACUUCAACAAGAUUAUUAUAUGCAAUAGAUGCCAGAUAGCUGUUCAUCAAGAAUGUUAUGGCGCUAAAGGGGUUCGAGAUUUUGCUUCUUGGGUUUGCCGGGCUUGUGAAACUCCACAAGUUGACAGGGAAUGUUGCCUUUGUCCUGUCAAAGGGGGUGCAUUGAAACCUACUGAUGUUGAUCCUUUUUGGGUUCAUGUCACUUGUGCUUGGUUUAGGCCUGAAAUCGGUUUUGCUAACGACGAGAAAAUGGAACCUGCUAUAGGCCUUCUUGCGAUUCCGCCAAAGUCCUUACAUCAAACAUGCAGUAUAUGUCAGCAGACUCAUGGUUCCUGCAUACAAUGUUGCAAAUGCACAGUAUCUUAUCAUACAAUGUGUGCUUUUCGCGCUGGAUACUGCAUGGAACUGCAUUGCUCAGAGAAGAAUGGAACACAGACUACUAAAUGGUUAUCCUAUUGUGCUUCUCAUAGGGCCCCAAGUGUGGAUAACAUUUUAGUCAUGCGAACUCCUAAUGGAGUUUACUCGAAUCAAAAUACGUUUCAUGGAAUAAAUGGAGGUCGGGUCUUGAAAGGUUUAAGGCUCAUGCCUUCUGAUGCAUCAUCAGCUGAAACUAAUGAACCAGAUCCUUUUUCUGCAGCUAGAUGUCGUGGUUUUAGACCAUCAACGAACAAGAAAGUUAAACCGGAGCCAAUAGUCCACAGGCUAACGAGGCCUCACCAUCAUUCGUUAAAGUUGAUACAUAGUUUAAGCUCAAAACAAUAUCAAGAAGAAAGGAAUUUUCCAACAUUGAGAGAGAGAUUACAUCAUCUGAAUAGGACGAUAAACCAUCGGAUUUGUUUUGGAAAAUCCGGUAUACAUGGAUGGGGUCUCUUUGCAAAAAGAGAGAUUCAAGAAGGAGAAAUGGUAGCUGAGUAUGUUGGUGAGAGGAUUAGGGGCAGCGUUGCUGACCUUAGAGAGCGACGCUAUAGGUCACAAGGGAAGGACUGUUACUUCUUCAGGAUAAACGAAGAAGUAGUGAUUGAUGCCACAAUGAAAGGAACCAUAGCAAGAUUAAUCAACCAUUCGUGUAUGCCAACUUGCUUCGCGAGGAUCAUGAGUCUUGGAGAAGAAGAGGAUCGGAUUGUUCUUAUAGCGAAAACAGACGUUUCAGCAGGGGAUGAGUUAACCUUUGAUUACAGGUUUGAGGCUGAUGAGAGUGAUGAGCCUAAAGUCCCUUGCCUAUGUGGUGCUCCUAACUGUAGGAAAUUCAUGAAUUAGAGUAGCAAAAAGCAGAGAACAAUUGUUACUUCUCAUAACUGAUGAUGAAUUGUGGGA